GUUGGACUUUAGAUGAUCCUGGUGAUUGAUAUAGGAUGGCGCUUCUCUUGACACAGUAUGCAAGACGAUAACAUAGAAGCUUCUACGUCCAUCUCUCAGCUUCUAAGAGAGAGCUAUUUAGCUGAAACAAGACAUCGGGGGAACAAUGAGAGAAGUCGGGCAGAACCUUCCUCCAAUCCUUUCCAUUUCAGCAGUCCUUCAGGAGCUGCCGAAGCUGGAGGAGGCCAAGAUGACCUUCCUGAUCUUUCAGCCUUUUUGAGCCAAGAAGAGUUAGAUGAAAGUGUCAAUCUGGCGAGACUGGCUAUCAAUCAUGACCCUUUGGAGAGAACAGAUGAAGCUUCAGCUCGAAAACGUCUUUCUGAUCAGAUGAAACACUCAUCGAAACCAAGUUUUGACCCUAACUUCUGCCAGGACAGCCCUCGAAGCCCUGCGAACUCUAAAGAGAGCCACCCAGAGCCAAAGAAGCCACAGUAUAGUUCUGAAAGUCAGUCCAAAAAAGUAUUCUUAAAUAAGGCGGCUGAUUUCAUUGAGGAGCUCUCCUCCCUCUUCAAAGCCCAUAGCUCCAAGAGGAUUAGACCUCGUGCCUGCAAAAACCACAAGAGUAAAUCGGAAUCUCAAAACAAAGUUAUGCAGGAAAACAGCUCCAGUUUCUCAGCUCUGUCAGAAAGGCGAGAAAGAUCUUCUGUUCCCAUCGCUAUCCCUACAGAUACCAGGGAUAACGAAGUGAAUCAUGCCCUUGAACAGAGGGAAGCCAGGCUGCGUGAAGCUGAGCAGGCUGCCAGUGAGGCAACUGGCGGAGACACCACGCCAGGGUCUUCACCUUCAUCUCUGUACUAUGAAGAACCUUUAGGGCAACCUCCCCGAUUUACACAAAAGUUACGGAGCAGAGAAGUUCCAGAAGGAAGCAGAGUACAGCUGGACUGCAUCGUGGUAGGAAUUCCACCACCUCAAGUAAGGUGGUAUUGUGAAGGUAAGGAACUUGAAAAUUCUCCAGACAUUCACAUCAUCCAGGCAGGAAAUCUGCACUCACUGACCAUUGCUGAGGCCUUUGAAGAGGACACAGGACGCUAUUCCUGCUUCGCUUCUAACAUCUAUGGGACAGAUUCAACUUCUGCUGAAAUUUAUAUAGAAGGAGUUUCUUCCUCUGACUCAGAAGGGGACCCUAACAAGGAAGAAAUGAAUCGAAUCCAGAAGCCAAAAGCAGCGGCAGCCUCUCCCCCUGUCUCUGCAGCCAUUCCUUCAGCAGUACCCCACACCCAGCACAUGGAGGUCCGGCCCAGGGUGACAACCCUCCAGCAGUGUCAGAGCCCUACCAACUAUUUGCAAGGCUUGGAUGGAAAGCCGAUCAUAGCAGCUCCUGUGUUUACCAAGAUGUUACAAAAUUUAUCAGCAUCUGAGGGUCAGCUGGUCGUCUUUGAAUGCAGAGUAAAGGGAGCUCCAUCACCUAAAGUUGAAUGGUAUAGAGAAGGGACCUUGAUAGAAGAUUCUCCAGAUUUUAGGAUUUUACAGAAAAAACCUCGAUCCAUGGCUGAGCCAGAAGAGAUUUGUACUUUGGUCAUUGCUGAGGUAUUUGCAGAAGACUCUGGAUGCUUCACCUGUACUGCAAGCAACAAAUAUGGCACAGUGUCAAGCAUAGCACAGCUAGAUGUAAGAGGAAAUGAGGACCUCAGUAACAAUGCUAACUCCACCACAAAUCUGGCUACAACUGAGCCCCAGCCAUCGCCACCCAAUUCAGAGCGUCCUGUGGAACAGCCCCGCAGACCCAAACUUGAAGGGGUUCUGGUGAAUCACAAUGAGCCCCGAUCCAGCUCAAGGAUUGGACUCCGUGUGCAUUUCAAUCUGCCUGAAGAUGACAAGGAAAGUGAAGCCUCUUCUGACAGUGGAUUGGUGACCACCAACCAGACCAGGCCUGAUUCCUUCCAGGAAAGAUUCAAUGGACAGGCAGCAAAACUCCCUGAGCCUUCUUCACCGAUCAAAGAGCCCCCUCCAGUUCUGGCCAAGCCCAAACUGGAUUCCACACAGUUACAACAGCUUCACAACCAAGUUCUCCUGGAGCAGCAGCAGCUGCAGAACCCGCCGCCCUCGUCUCCUAAAGAGUUUCCUUUCAACAUGAGUGUUUUCAACUCCACCUUGCCCCUGGCGGUGACCGUGUCCAGCAAGCAGGUGAAGGCCCCACCGUCAUCGCAGGCGUUCAGCGUGGCCCGACCCAAGCACUUCUUCCCGUCCACGAGCACCAGCGCGGCCAGUGAGUCCCCUUGCAGUUCUCCCGUGUCCACGCUCGGCGGGGCGCCCCCAGCCCUCCAGAGGACAGUGAGCAAGGAGACCCUCUUCGUCUCUCAGCCCUUCGCGCAGACCAAAGUCCCCGGAGCGGCAUCCAGCCAGACUGAGCCACCCCCUCCAGGCCCACCGGAGCCAGCAGCCACCCCACUCACAUUUCCCGGGUCCAGCGGAAACCAGUUCCAGCCGCGCUGUGUGUCCCCGUCUCCCGUGUCUCCCACCAGCCGGAUUCAAAACCCGGUGGCCUUCCUCAGCUCUGUCCUGCCUUCUCUCCCCGCCGUGCCACCCACCAAUGCCAUGGGGCUGCCCAGAAGCGCACCCACGGUCCCUUCCCAGGGACUCAUGAAGAAAAAUACAAAGCCUGCCCAACCAGUGAAUGAUGAUUACAUUCGUGAAGCCAAGAAUGCAGUGAUUCUAGACUUGGGGAAGAAGAUGAAUUUCAGUGAUGUCAAAUUAAACCAGCAGGAGUACAAAAUUUCAAACUUUGAACAGAGGCUGAUGAAUGAAAUAGAGUUUCGCCUAGAACGGACCCCUGUGGAUGAGUCAGACGAUGAAAUCCAACACGAUGAGAUCCCCACGGGCAGAUGCCUUGCUCCGGUCUUUGACAAAAGACUCAAGCACUUCCGGGUCACAGAAGGCUCUCCGGUCACAUUCACCUGCAAAAUUGUUGGGAUACCUGUUCCAAAGGUUUACUGGUUCAAAGAUGGGAAACAAAUUUCAAAAAGAAACGAGCACUGCAAAAUGAGGCGUGAGGGAGAUGGGACUUGUUUGCUACAUAUUGAAUCCACCACGGGUGAUGAUGACGGCAACUACACCAUCAUGGCUGCCAACCCCCAGGGGAGAAUCAGCUGCUCUGGUCACUUAAUGGUACAAAGUUUGCCCAUUCGCAGUCGACUCACAGCUGACGGUCAGUCUCACAGAGGAAGAUCUCGGGGGCAAGAAAGAGACAAAGAACCCCUUCAGGAACGCUUUUUCAGACCACAUUUCCUGCAGGCGCCUGGGGACAUGGUAGCUCAUGAGGGACGUCUCUGUCGGCUGGACUGUAAGGUGAGCGGCUUACCACCCCCGGACUUGACCUGGCUUCUCAAUGGCCACCCCGUGCUUCCAGAUGCCUCCCACAAGAUGCUGGUCAGGGAAACUGGAGUCCACUCUCUGCUCAUUGACCCACUCACUCAGCGCGAUGCGGGGACCUACACAUGUGUUGCCACCAACAAAACUGGGCAGAAUUCCUUUAGUCUGGAGCUCACUGUAGUAGCCAGAGAAGUGAAGAAAGCGCCGGUGAUCCUGGAGAAGCUGCAGAACUGCGGCGUUCCCGAAGGCCACCCCGUGAGGCUGGAAUGCCGCGUGAUCGGCAUGCCGCCGCCCGUGUUCUUCUGGAAGAAGGACAAUGAGACCAUCCCGUUCACCAGAGAGAGAAUCAGUAUGCACCAGGAUGCAACAGGCUAUGUCUGCCUCUUCAUUCAGCCAGCCAAGAAAUCAGACGCAGGCUGGUAUACGCUGUCAGCCAAGAACGAAGCCGGCAUCGUGUCCUGCACCGCGAGGCUGGAUAUCUACGCUCAGUGGCAUCAGCAGAUCCCACCGCCCAUGUCCAUCCGGCCCAGUAGCAGUCGUUACGGAUCUCUCAUCACGAAAGGACUUGACAUUUUCUCGGCUUUUUCCUCCAUGGAAAGCACAAUAGUGUAUUCAUGUUCUUCUCGGAGUGUAGUGGAGAGUGAUGAACUUUAAGAAUGUCUGGGUGCCUUCGAUGGAAGGGGGUGAGUGGUGGCAAGGGAAAGGACAUUCAGACAAGGUGGUUUCCAAGCAACUGGAUUUGAGUAAGUUCCCAUGCUGCUGGACCAGUAGAAAAGAGUGCUUUAAAUAUGUAAGCUGGGGACUCUUGCAGUCUUGGCUGCCAGAAAGACGUAGAGAUGUAGAGUUUUGUGUUUUUUUUUUUUUAAAGAUUCCAGCAAAAAUGUGAGAAAACAAUACAGAUGAACCAAAGAUGUCGCGCAGUUGCCCUCCCUACUUUGGGGAAAGCUAGCAUGUUCCCCAGCACCCUGCUGUGUUAGUAAUGGCUAGGCCCUGCCAGGAGUAAUUAGGGGCCAUAAGCUUGGGCCAGGAGGCAUCCGUAGUAACCUCAGGUCUCAUGAACUCACCAAACAAUGCAAAGGGGGUUUGUGGGAGAUCCAUCACCUUUCCUGGAUUCACUGAUGCAUUGGUGGGUUUGUUAAACCAGCUUCUACUUAGCCUUAGGAGAUCAUACCAUACAACUCAUAUUAUGAAGGAAAGUCAGCACUUGCAAUUUGCUUAUCCAACGUGGACGGAGCCACCUUAUACGGUGCCAACUAUGUUUAAGAUUUAAAAAACAAUAUUUUUUUCACUGAAACACUCAAUAUUGCACAGUACACUUAUUCUGUAGCCAAAAAGGGCAGUUCCAGCUUGUCUGCACCCUUUCCUUUUGGAUAUGAUGCCGAGAUUUCUUUCUUUUUUACCCCAAAAUUCUAAAACUGAAGGGUUGUUAAUAAACCUAGAAAGAACUUUUCUUUGGGUGUUAACUGCCACUUGCAUAAUAUGCAAAAGUCCUCUUUAUCUGCCCCUAAAAUAUGUACCUUUCCGCUCUUCCCCUGCUACCCAAAAGUCUAGAAUAGUAUAAGGCAGUGAGGAAGGAAGAGAUGCAAACAAGAAGAAGACGUGAUGGGAGGGCAUAGUUUUCCACUUGCCCCAAAGGUUGAGGAAGAAGAGGACUUUAAGAGCUAUUAGCUUCUUAAAAGUGUAAUCAAUAAUCAAAUUAGGUGUUUAAAAAGGUAGGAAAGAUACUAAUGGGGCAGUGUAAAGAAAGGGGGAAGGGGCUGGAGCGAUAGCACAGUGGGUAGGGCAUUUGCCCUGCAUGUGGCCAACCCGGGUUCAAUUCCCAGCAUCCCAUAUGGUCCCAUGACCCGGGUUCAAUUCCCAACAUCCCACAUGGUCCCCCAAGCACUGCCAGGAGUAAUUUCUGAGUGCAGAGCCAGGAAUAACCCCUGUGCAUCGCUGGGUGUGACCCAAAAAGAAAAAUAAGAAAGGGGAAAUAUAUAUCUGUAUUCUCAUCCACCCCCUGUCGGAGAGCCCUGCAAGCUACCGAGAGUAUCCCGCCCGCACGGCAGAGCCUGGCAAGCUACCCGUGGCAUAUUCGAUAUGCCAAAAACAAGUCUCACCAUGGAGAUGUUACUGUUGCCCACUUGAGCAAAUCGAUGAGCAACGGGAUGACAGUGAUACAAUGAUUCUCAUCCACCAAUUCCAAGCCGCCUGCCUCUCCAAAGAAUUUUUAGACGUAAAUUUAUGUGAUGUCUACAAUACCUAGGAAAAUGUUGCUUCACAGAAAGUAGAUAUUCAAUAUUUUCUAUUUGCUGGGUGAAUGAAUGGAGAGAAAUCUACAGUUCAUGCACCACCCCAAAUUUUCCCUAAGAAUGGCUCUUACAGUGACGGUUCCUCCAGACUCACAGGUGAAGUAGACCGGAGGCACCUGGUACCACUUCCUGAGGCCUUGGCUCGAAUGUUCUCUGAGCCAAACAACAGUAACUAUAAAGGAAGUCCUGGAACUCUCUUUAUUUCAAGGCAGGAUGCUCAGUCUAAAAAUGAAUUCAUUUAUGGCCAGAGAAGUGGCAGAGCACAGACCUGGCAGGUGCAAGCUCCUGGGUUGGAUCCCCGACCUGGCAUCCUCUCUAGCACCACCAGCCCUGGCCCCAACAACAAAGCCAAACUAAACUCAUGUACUCAAAAAAUCAUUUGUGUCCAGAAUGUUAUGCUAGAGGAUUUAGGAAACACAGAGAUAGGAAAAAGACACAGUCCCUGUCCUCAGGGUGCUUACAAUCUCAUGGGUGAGACAUGAUAUAAGCCAUGUAGACGGCCACUUUUUGAGACAAAAGAAAGUCUAGUCUUUAUAAAAACUAGAAGUUUCUAAUAAUCUUCCUCUUGCAUUUUAUAGCUAAAAUCAUUCUAGUUAUUUUCAAUUUUAUUUCUGAGUAAAACAAAAUAUCUUGGGUUACAUCCAAGAAAUCAGAAUUGCAGUACUAGAGAGAGCUCGAUGGUGAAGUGCGGGCUUUGCAUGGAGGAGACCAGGGUUUGAUUCAGCACCAUCUGGGACCACAUGGUCCCCCAACACCACCAGAAGCAACCGCCAACUGAAUAUCCACAUGCUCCUCCACAAAAAAAGGACGGAUUUCAGUAAAUUAUUUGACAUAAUUAUUAUAUUUAGUUUCCUUUUUUCAUGUAUUCAGGGGAAAUACUUUUUAAAAAAUUAGAAAUCUGCAAUGAAUGCCAUUCAGAAUGCAUGUAGUAAAAUAUUUGCCUUGCAUGAGUACGGUCCUCAGUCUUUAUACUGGCACUGUAUAGUCACUCAGGGCCCUCCAAGAGCAACCCAAGAACACUGAGCUGAGAGCAGGUCCUGAGUACUGGUUUUGGGUGUGGCCCCAAAACAAGACAAAAAAAAAGUAUUGCAAAAUGUUUUGUUUCUGUAUUGACUUCUCUAAUGAAAUCUUUGUAACUAAAAAAGCACUUUAUAACUACAAAAAUUAUUCUCCAACGUUGGAAACCCCAUCAUAUAUAUUUAUGUACACCUUAGUUUUCCCAUGAAACUAUUUCUGUAAACCUUAGUUCUCCUAUGAAAGAAUGGUCUUGUCUACAUGUCUUGGCUUUCUGAGUAUUUUUUAACUUCUUGUUUAGCUUUCAACAGACUAGGAUAAGUAUUCUAUUUGGACACUAGAUGGCGCUGUAGCAUAAAAUAAAGCAAACUUCCCCACCCCACCCCCCCACAAUUUUUUUUCCUGAAAUUUGAAUUGUUGGAUUGAUUGUAUUAAAGUAAG